GUGACUAAAAUACUAUUCAUUCAAACAAUCACUUCAAUUGAUCCCAAGUUAUGACACAACAUAUGAAACACAUGAAGACAUCACUCGAGACCACAGAUGACGGCAAUGAAGACAAACAACAGGCGAAGAACUCAAUGGACAGAUUCGGUGACGACUUGUGUGCACUUAUAGUGUCUUAUCUCUCAUUCGAAGAUCGGUUUCGUUACGAAUGUGUGUCCAAACAGUUCCAGAGGACUGUCUUCGAGAGUGUUGUGGACCUGACUGUUGAACAAAGACUUAUGAGACAACAGAAAACUAGAUUUUCACCUAAUAUUGAAUUAUUGACAACAAUUGCCAAAAAGUGUCCAAACAUUCAAUGCAUUGACUUUCGAGGAAUAUCUCCAAGAGAUGGGACACACAUUCCCGAAGUAUUAAAACGUUUGCGUUUAAUCAUUACUGAAGCCGUCGACGAGGAACUGUUGGAACCGUUGAAACUCUGCCACCGAUUAACACAUUUAACACUCAUUUUGCAUAACAUGAGUGAGAAAUUAUUGGAUAAUUGCGGCAAACAUUGGCCACGACUUCACUACCUGUCCAUUGAAUGUCUAAAUUUUUACACCGAGUGUUUGGAUCACAUCUUAAGCCUACCGGCGCUGCAAACAGUGGUCUUUAAAUACUUCCAAUCGGAAGGUUUGAGAGAUAAUGCUUUUGAAUACUUUGUGUCCAAAGCCACUAAACUCAAGAAGAUUGAAAUGAAUAUGGAACAACAGACGAAACACAAGAAGACAUCACUCGAGACCACAGAUGACGGCAAUGAAGACAACAUUCAACACGCAAUGAUUUACGCGAAGAACUCAAUGGACAGAUUCGGUGAUGAUUUGUGUGCACUUCUUGUGUCUUAUCUCCAUAUCGAAGACUGUUUUAAAUACGAAAGUGUAUCCAAACAGUUCCAGAGGACAGUCUUCGGGAGUGUUGUGUGCAUUGAUUUCAAUGAUCACUUCAUUCAACGCGAAGACGAUAUUUCAAUCUUCAAAACAAUGAAUAAAAUCAUCAAAAAGUGUCGAAACAUUCAAACCAUUGAUUUUUGUUUUAUCGAAGAAAACAAUAAAUACUUUCUCGAAGUUUUGGCCGAAAUUCUUCGCGAAUUCCCGAAUUUGCGGGAAAUUUACUGCAAUUUGUCGUCGAAUAGCAACCGAUGGAUCAGAGAGUUGGCGCCACUCAUCACACUUAUCGGUGAUAUUGAAAUGGAGGCGAAAGAAUCACUCAUUCAUUGCCACCGAUUGUCUCAUUUGACAGACAGUGAUUUGUCGCAUGUCUUCGACACUACUUCUGGACAAUUAUUAGCGAAGAAUUUGUUAUCUUUUGGUCUCAAUGGCAGUCAUAAUAACCAACAAUUGUCUGAAUUCGUGUCCGGGAAUCAGUCCCUCACAUAUAUGGAACAACAGACGAAACACAAGAAGACAUCACUCGAGACCACAGAUGACGGCAAUGAAGACAACAUUCAACAGCCACAAAUGUAUGCGAAGAACUCAAUGGACAGAUUCGGUGAUGAUUUGUGUGCACUUCUUGUGUCUCAUCUCUCAAUCAAAGAUCGGUUUCGAUUGGAAUGUGUGUCCAAACAGUUCCAGAGGACUGUCUUCAGGAGUGUUGUGUGCAUUGAUUUCAGUGAUUAUUUCAUUCAACGCCAAGACUUUCCAAUCUUCACAACAAUGAAUAAAAUCAUCAAAAAGUGUCGAAACAUUCAAACCAUUGAUUUUUGUGAUAUCCAUGAAAAC